AGGACCCGCUGCUAGGAAGGAGCGGAGCCGGAGCUUGGUGCGGUGCGUGGCUACCGGCGUGUGUGCCCGGGCAGUGUUUCGUGCGCGGCCGGGCGGCGAGCGAGCUGCAGCGGAGCGGCGCCAUCCUUUGGAGGAGCCAUGAAGCACUACGAGGUGGAGAUUCUGGAUGCGAAGACAAGGGAGAAGCUGUGCUUUCUGGACAAGGUGGAGCCUCAGGCCACCAUUGCUGAAAUCAAGACCCUCUUCACCAAGACCCACCCGCAGUGGUACCCUGCCCGCCAGUCCCUCCGCCUGGACCCCAAGGGAAAGUCCCUGAAAGAUGAAGAUGUGUUGCAGAAGCUUCCUGUGGGCACCACAGCCACACUCUUCUUCCGGGACCUGGGGGCACAGAUCAGCUGGGUGACGGUCUUCCUGACUGAGUAUGCUGGGCCCCUUUUCAUCUACUUGCUCUUCUACUUCCGGGUGCCCUUCAUCUAUGGCCACAAAUACGACUUCACGUCCAGUCGGCACACAGUGGUGCACCUCGCCUGCCUCUGCCACUCAUUCCACUACGUCAAGCGUCUGCUGGAAACGCUCUUCGUGCACCGCUUCUCCCACGGAACCAUGCCCUUGCGAAACAUCUUCAAAAACUGCACCUACUACUGGGGCUUUGCUGCAUGGAUGGCCUAUUACAUCAACCACCCUCUCUACACGCCCCCUACCUACGGAUCCCAGCAGGUUAAGUUGGCGCUGACCAUCUUUGUGAUCUGCCAGCUUGGCAACUUCUCCAUCCACAUGGCUCUUCGGGACCUUCGGCCGGCUGGGUCCAAAACCAGGAAGAUCCCGUAUCCCACCAAGAACCCCUUCACCUGGCUGUUUCUGUUGGUGUCCUGUCCCAACUACACUUACGAGGUGGGGUCCUGGAUUGGCUUUGCCAUCAUGACGCAGUGUGUUCCGGUGGCCCUCUUCUCCUUGGUGGGCUUCACCCAGAUGACUAUCUGGGCCAAGGGCAAGCAUCGCAGCUACCUGAGGGAGUUCCGCGACUACCCACCCCUGCGCAUGCCCAUUAUCCCUUUCCUGCUCUGAGCCGUUCCUCGUGGCUCAGCGAGGACUCUCCCCACUGCCCCACUAUCCUGGGGGAGCACUCUCCAGCAGCAACAAUAAACCUGCUCCCCCAGCCUGA